CCGAUCCGUGAGGGAAUGGCGCGCGCGCCUCGCCGGGAGCCGCUGCGCGCGCAGGGCCGGGCCGGGCCGGGCCCGGAAGCGGCGGGGCCGGAAGCGGCGGGGCCGCGGGGUUAUAGCGCCUGGGAGGCCCGCCGCCGCUGCCGCGGCAUAUCCCGUCGCACAUCAGUGGUUAUGGAUGCGCGGGCCCGCGCCAAGCGCUACGAGAAGCUCGACUUCCUUGGGGAGGGGCAGUUCGCCACCGUCUUUAAAGCCAAGGACAAGACGAACAACCGAAUCGUUGCUAUUAAGAAGAUUAAACUGGGGCAUAGAUCAGAAGCUAAAGAUGGAAUCAACAGGACUGCCCUCAGGGAGAUAAAACUUUUACAGGAGCUAAGCCAUCCAAAUAUUAUUGGUCUUAUUGAUGCAUUUGGACACAAGUCGAAUAUUAGUCUGGUGUUUGAUUUUAUGGAAACAGAUUUAGAGGUUAUUAUAAAGGAUACAAGUAUUGUGUUGACGCAGUCUCACAUCAAGGCAUAUAUGCUGAUGACGCUUCAAGGAUUAGAAUAUUUGCAUCAGCAUUGGAUUCUACACAGGGAUCUUAAACCAAAUAACUUGUUGCUAGAUGAAAAUGGAGUUUUAAAAUUGGCUGACUUUGGCUUGGCAAAAUCUUUUGGGAGCCCAAACAGAGUUUAUACACACCAGGUAGUAACAAGGUGGUACCGAGCCCCAGAACUAUUGUUUGGGGCUAGAAUGUAUGGUGUUGGUGUUGAUAUGUGGGCUGUUGGUUGUAUUUUAGCCGAAUUGCUCCUCAGAGUUCCUUUUUUGCCUGGAGACUCUGAUCUUGACCAGCUGACAAGGAUAUUUGAAACACUGGGCACUCCAACAGAAGAACAAUGGCCUGGGAUGACAAGUCUUCCAGAUUAUGUCACAUUUAAGCCAUUCCCUGGAAUGCCACUUCAGCAUAUCUUCAGUGCAGCUGGUGAUGAUCUGCUCAGUCUUCUUCAAGGCUUAUUCACGUUUAAUCCUUCCACUAGAGUAACAGCUACUCAGGCAUUGAAACAGAAGUAUUUCAGUAACCGACCAGGACCCACUCCAGGAAAUCAGCUGCCAAGACCUAACUGUCCUGCCGAAGCUGCAAAGGAGCAAAAAAAUGCACUUUUAAAUUUAAAAAGGAAAAGAACAGAAGGAAUAGAUCAAGUGUUGCAGGAGAAGUUGCCUGAGAAAAUACAAAAACUGUUUCCUUCAAAGCCCUGAAGAUUGCAGUGAGAGACAAAGGAGGAAGAUCCAGCUGGGGAAACUACACUACUCUAGUCCUCCUGUCAGCCUGUGUCUGUAGUACAAUCCAUAGUGCAGACACUGGACUCAGCUUUGCCUGAAUUCAAGAGGUAGCAAAGUUUCUGCUGGGUAACUAAACUUCUGCAAUGGAGAGAACCAAGCUUACAUAUGUUGUUGCUGCAUCUUAACUGUGUGCCCACCUGCGGUUGUACAGUGGAUCUCAGGGAUACCUUCUGAGCCAUUGUCAUCUUUCUGCCUGUGAACCACACUCAGCAUUCUCUUUUCUAAUUUUGUAGCAAAUACACUCAUGCAAGACUUUGAGGCUUGUAGAGGAACAGCAGCCAUCAUCUUGCUCAUGUGAUCCUUCAUUUUGCAGCUACUUGAGCUAAUGUAAAGUAUUAGGCCUUGUAAGGGAGAAGAGUUAGUAUUUUCCCAGUAGCGUAAUGUGUUCUCUAUUGGUUGUUGGCUGUUGAAAAGUAAACAGAUUUCCUAGGAUCUAAUUGAGAGUAUAGAGAAAAGUUUAUCCAUUAACAUUAGUUGUGAAAGUUUUUAUUGUCUGUUUAAUCAAACAUCAUCCUCUUCAUUGCAGGCUAAAGGAUUAAGAUAACUACAGUCCUGCUUCUCACUGGCACAGGUUCAAAAAUAUGUUAAUCAGAAUAGAUUGGAGAGGGAUUUAGGAGUACUUUAAACUUUUUUGCAUUUACUUAUCUAGCAUAUCUUUCUAAUUGGUCCUAAAAUCCUGGAAACCUUCAGCCCCUAAAACAGAUAGUCACUGAAAAAUGCAGUAUCCCUACUAACAGAUAAGGUUUGCAUGACAGUGGCAAUCUUAAGUAUUCUGUCAGUUCUGCUUUGGGAAAGAAACACAGUUUCCUUCUUGUAAAAAAGCUGUAUCUGUCUAGACAAUACCCUUCCUUGAAGGAAACCUUUUCCACUAGAACAACUAGCAAGCCUCUAAGCUCCCACUGGCAAGAGUUGUAGAGUAGGUACUGAGUUAUAUAGGCAGUCUGUCUGUUAAUGUACAGAGCAUGGUUACUGUACUCUGUAAGAGUGGGCUUGAAGUGUGAUGUGCUAAGGCCUGAGCAGCAGGCCUCAGCCAGAGCUGACUUACAAAUCUUGGGCAUUAUGUGACUAACAGUAUUGUUUAGCUAAAAACAAAUGACUGAGUUGCUUAUGCUAUCACCAAACUGGCUGCUUUAGAGACUUUCACAUCUUGUGCAACUAUCUGCAAGAAAUGUAUCAUUUUAAGGAACUUUCCCACUGGGCAUUAAUAGAGGCUUGUUUGUAUGAUGUUUUAGGGAAAACACUCCCAGCCAAGACCUGGCCUCAGGCCCUGUCCUGCCCCCAUCUGGGAGGGAAGUAUGCCAUCAGAUACAGGUGCUUCUGCACUAAAAAUAUAAUCAGCUCCCUUUGACUCGCUGAAUUGAGCCUAUAAAAGCUGGAUCCCCUUUCAGGGUGAAUUUGCAGACCUCAUCUACGAGUGGAUGCACUAAAUAGGAUUCUCCCAAUUGCCAGGAAGGAUUCUCCAGGUCGUCACUGCAAAAUGGGGCUCCCCAGCAAUUUCUUAUUCUGGAUGAUGGUAAAGUAUUUAGGCAAUUGAUGAUAUAUCUUUCCAAAUCACUGUCCUUUCUCUUGUGUAGUAAUGAUGAGGUGUAUUACCCUGGUUUUUUAUGCAUGUUGCUAAAGUUGAGCACGUAGUAAGCCUAUUGUUUUCUUAAAUGUAUAGUUUUACUUUUGUGUUGCCUUAAUACUCUUAGUAAAAUAAGACCAUUGGUGUCUGUGUCCUUUAAAUUGCCCCCAUCAAUUGGCAAAACAAAGUGGGAGGAUAUUUUGUGACCAAGACUAUUGUCUUGUAUGUGUGUAUGCCACAGCAAAUGGUCACAAAGUGGAAUUUUUUUAUAUAAUACAAGUUCAGGAGCUGUUUCCCUCCAGAUCCCCUGCAGGAAUUUGGACUGUGCUCCGUAUGUAGAACUGGGCCCUGUUCUAUACCAUGGGUGUUGCAGUAAGUCCUGCUUUCAGUUGAGUUCAGCCAAAUUGUUUCAGCUGAAUGGAGCUAAGUGAAGCUACCUGUCUCAGGGACUAAAACUGCCUUGCUCUUAGUGAUGGUGUGCACAAAUAAAAUGUAUGUGCAUCACAGAAUAAGAUAAGAUUAAAGAAAGGAUCAGCACAACAUUUUUUCUUUAAUCUCAGGCUUUUGGAUGGUUUGAUUUAACUUUUGUGACAGGUCAGAACUCUGGAAGAAAUAUUUGGAACUUUUGGUGAAUACAAUAUGCAGUCACACAAUUAGUCAUCUAAAUAUUGUUUAAUUUGUGACUUGAUUAGUUUGUAAGCUUUAUAUCAUGGUAAUCACGCUUCAGCAUUGACAGUCUGUCUCUAAUCACACCAAUUGACUGAAUAUGCAGCUGCUGCAAUCAAUUUAGCUUCUGUUCAGAAUCACAACAAUCAAGCACAGUUUGUCUAGAACAUACAGUGUGCAUGCUUGUGCAAAACUCUCAGUUGUUCGCCUGAGCAAACAGGAACAUAAUAGAAAUGCCUUGUGAUGUGUCUUCUGCUUUUACCAUUUUUUUAUUGUGAGUUACUGCUGUUUCUUCCUAAAAGGUUAAUUCUCCUCUUUGCAAAUGUGAUGGCUUUUACCUCGAGACUUUAUGGAAUUUGAGUGACUUCUGUGCAUUGUACUGAUAUUGUUUGUAAUUGAACAAGAAUGUUGUAAUUAUAAUUGAACUAGAA